AGCCAACUUCUGAGAGGGCAUCUUUUUGGACACGUACUCAACUGACCUCAACUUUUCCCCCUCUUGCUGCGCAAGUACGACACCAAUGCCAUAUUGGCUGGCAUCCGUGGUCACGACAAAUGGCUUGUCAGGAUCGGGCAGUUUCAAGACCUCAUGCGAAAGGUGCAAGCUUGGAAGCGUGAAAUACAGGGUGAUGAAGCAGCAAGAAAAGGAGCUGCUGGCGCAUCAGAGAUUGGAAUGGAAGAAAAGGGAAUUCAAGGCUCAAAAUAGCAUCUCCUUUGCUGCAUCGAACUCGCCCCAAAUUGCUGCUGAUCCAAACCAGAUGCAAGUGGACCCCAGUACAUUGAUCCGCCCUUGGAGCGGGAAUGCUGUGGAAGGGCGGUCAAAGUUACUAAGUGCUUUUAUGUCAACAUCAAACAUGGUUGGGGAAGGGGCCCACAUGACCGAAGGUAGUGAGAGUACGACAGGAAAGGAUGAGGGAACAAACAGGAAGGGUGGGAAGAGAGGGAAGAGGAGGAAGCGAAGGAAGCGGAGAAGGAAGCUAAAGGACGAUGUAUCCCUCUCGACAGGAACCCAAAGGGGCUCCUCAGAGGGUGAGGGAACAUCCACUGCAGAUGACGGAGGUGAAAACAGAAUAGCCAGUCGUAAAGCUGUGAAUGCACCAAUCCCUGGACGCGACCAUGCACUCAUGAGCACACUCUAUAAGAGCAGCACGAGAAGGAGAGGCAAGAUUUCUCGGGGGCCGGAUGGACACCUAGUUUUGCAGGACACUGAUGGCAGUGAUGAUGACGAGGAUGAUGAUGAUGAUGGUGAAAAAGGGGGACAGGGUGAUGAAGAUGAUGGUGAGGAUGGAGGUAGUGAUGACGAUGAAGAUGAGAUUGAGCGUGUGGAGGGAGAUGGAGGCCUGUGGACGCCUAUGGACUGGAGUGGUGUUGGAUCCCGUGAUAGAUGGGUCGAUGCCACAGGGGAUAAGUUCAUCCCUGCAGGGUCAGUGAGAGAAGACACGCUCAGUGGUGAAAUUGCAUACAGAAAGAAGUGCUUGGAGCUAAAGGUGGUACCAUUGUCAAGGGUGUUGGGGCAGAUCAACAGUCAGGUUGCCAACCUCUCACAUUGUGCGCUAGGAAGGCGUAAUGGUGCAGCCUUGGCCUGGUGUCUUCGAGUGAAUAGACUGGUACGCAGCCUUGAUCUGGAGGACAACAACCUAGACGAGCAUUGUGCCCGAAUGUUUGUGGUUGCCCUUGCACGCAACCAUACUGUGACAGACCUGGACGUGUCCCGGAAUCCUAUUGGCCCCAGAGGUGCCAAGACAAUUGCCACCCUUCUAGACUGUUCCUUCACUUGGACACAGUCAUCCACUCCUGCAACCACCACAGGCCUGUCUCCUGAUCUGGUGGAACUUCUCACAGACCUCGAGGCAUCAUUGGCUUUCAGCUCAGGGGGUAAGGAGUACGUGGCAGAGAGCAAAGAAGGACCGCGUAGCCGCCGGGCCAUUGGAUCACUGCAGCGAACCCGCUCCGCCAAGUCACAAAGGCGAGUUGUCACUCCAAGGGACACUGUCUUCGGCCUGCCACACAGGCCAUGGCUUAGAAGGCUCGUUCUCUGCAAGUGUGAAAUUGAAGAUGAGGGCACUGUUGCAAUUGCAGCUGCUUUGUCGGGCGGGUCACAAACGUUGCAAGAGCUGGAGUUGUGGGGAAAUAGGAUUGGCGACCUUGGGGGAUGUGCUAUGGGGGAGAUGUUGCGCACAAACCGCACCCUCCAAAUAUUGGACCUGUCUUGGAACAUGCUCAAGGAAUCUGUGUACAUGGCCAAGCUCGCCGAGCAGGCAGAGCGUUACGAUGAGAUGGUGGAUCCUGUGAAGAAAGUCGCGAAGCUCGAUGUGGAGACGGAGGGCAACAAGGGAAGUGAGCAGAAUGUGAAACGCAUCCAGGAGUACAGGCACGAAGUAGAGCAGGAGCUCUCCAGCAUUGGCAAUGACAUUUUGAAUGUCAUCGACGAAAAUCUGAUCCCAUCCUCGGAUACGGGAGAGUCGAAGGUCUUUUACUUCAAGAUGAAGGGCGAUUGCUACCGGUAUGUCGCUGAGUUCAAGAGUGGGAAUGAGAGGAAAGAGGCAGCCGAGAACUCCCUUAUUGCUUAUACGAGUGCAUCCGAGAUUGCAAAUGGUCGAUCUUGCCCCCACGCAUCCCAUUCGUCUUGGAUUGGCGCUGAACUUCUCGGUGUGUUCUUCUACGAGAUCCUGAACUCCCCGGAAAGGGAUUGCCAUUUGUUGAAGCAGGCAUUUGAUGAGGCAAUUGCUGAGCUCGACACGCUGAGCGAGGAGUCUUACAAGGACAGCACCCUCAUUAUGCAACUCCUUCGGGACAACCUUACUCUCUGGGCGUCGGAUUUGCAAGAUGACGGAGGUGACGAUGUUCCCAAGGGAGAUGAUGGAACGACGGCGGAAGAGGCAGAGGGCGAGGACCAUUGAUUGAGAGGGAGGGGGGAGGGUUUUUCAAUUGGGGUUUACAAGGGUUUCACUGGAGAGUUAAUUCUGGGGGUGUAAAUACCCCCCAACCUGCACAAGGUCUGGGUCUGGGAGUUUUAGAUGAGAUGUCCGCUUGUCCUCUAACGAAUGUGCACGCACGUCUUCCUGGUUGGUGCAGAAGACAUGCAAGUCGAGGAAACGCAGGGGCGCUCCAAAAAUGAAUGACAGAGGGCGAG